UUUAUCUGCCGUCCGCCUGUACGUGUGUGUUGUGUUCUUUUGCUGCUGCUCCACCUCGCGCAUCGUCGAGGGUGGUCUUUUUAAUUGAUGUUUGUGAUAGAUCUUCGAGGAAACAACGAGAAGAAUCCUGCCAGGAGUGACGAACCAGGUAGAAGACACCGCAACGCCUCCUUUGUAGUGUGGUGUGUCAGUUGAAACCGGAAUUCCGGCGAACUUGUUUAGUGUUUUGUUUUCUCCUGUUCGGGAUCAAUCUGGUUCCACACAUCCGGUGAAGCGUUACGUGAAAGGAAUUCGAUGACCAAGGUGCCCUCCCCGAUGCCCGCCAGACCAACAACAGUCGCUAUCGCAUAGAUCUUAAUUACGGUUGAUUGACUAGGAGAAGGAGUCACCGUGUCUUAAUUGGCGUGGGCGUUUGAGGGUGGCCACAGGUCGCGCAAAAUCCUGCGGGGUGGCGACGACGGCGCAAGCAGCUCAGCUCCAAUUACGGAGCUCGGUUUAGUAACAGCAAUUAGUCAAUUAGUAUGCACAUCAAGCGGGGGCAGCUGGCACUGGCUCGUCGUACGAAUAAUUUGCCAUCGGGUGUCGAGUCGUCGUAACAGAUUCCUUCCCCUCCUCUCGAUUUGGAUUGGGGAAGCUGUUGUUGGGAUCAAUCAAUCUGGCUGCCGCAAGGAUCUGCUGGAGCAGGAGAGAUGGCUGCGGCAGAUUGUCCGCGGGGCAGUGCAGCUUCGACUUGUAGAUUAUUAAUGUUACCUCACAAAAUGGCAACCUCGGUGGCAUUCUUCCUCACGCUUCUGCUCGCCGUCAACGCCGCCGGUUCACGGGGAGUCGCAGAUGCCAAAGAGUUCACCCCGUCCACCAACCUGAUCACGCCGGCCGACACCGCCCCCCGGCUGGAACCCAUCAACGGUACGCGCAACUUCCGGAUGCACGGCAAAAAGGGCAAGGACGACAAGACGUGGUUCGAUGGGCGGGAGAUGCGCUACAUCUACUGCGUCCGGCCGGCCAAAUGUGAACCCAUCCGGCACAAAUCGUGCCUGGGAUCCCCGCUACCGUACGCUUCCAUCAGUUUGGACCUGACGGAUUCGUUCAGCCAGGAGCAAACGCACGACAAACUGUACCAGUACAACGCCCUGCGUAACGUGCCCAAGUGCUGGGCGGUGAUUCAACCGUUUCUGUGCGCCGUGUUCACACCCAAGUGCGAAAAGAUCAACGGCCGCGAGAUGGUCUAUCUGCCGUCGCUGGAGAUGUGCAAGAUUACGCUGGAACCGUGCCGGCUCCUGUACAACACGAGCUACUUCCCGGAGUUUCUCAAGUGCAACGAAACGCUGUAUCCGUCCAAGUGCAACAACGACGUGCGCGAGGAGAUGAAGUUCAACGCUACGGGGCAGUGCCUAAAGCCGCUGGUGGUCGCGGAUUCACCGAUGAAUUACUAUAAAGAUAUCGAGGGUUGCGGCCUGCAGUGCAAGGAUCCCCUGUUUACCGACCACGAGCACCGCCAGAUCCAGAAGCUGAUCGCGUGGGGUGCCGGCGUGUGUCUUACGUUCAACCUGUUUACGCUAGCGACCUUCAUCAUCGACUGGCACAACGCGAACAAGUACCCGGCGCUGGUGAUCUUCUACAUCAACUUUUGCUUCAUGGUUUCGUGCUUGGGGUGGCUCGCCCAGUUUACCCCGGGAGGACGCGAGGACAUCGUCUGCCGCAAGGAUGGAACGCUGCGCAGUUCGGAGCCGAGUGCCGGUGAGAAUCUGUCGUGUAUCAUUGUGUUCAUUCUCGUGUACUAUUUCUUGAUUGCGGCCAUGGUGUGGUUUGUGAUUUUCACCUACGUUUGGCACAUGAGUUUCAAAGCGAUUGGGAAGAUCGGCAAAGAUCGGAUAGAUAAGAAGGGUUCGUACUUCCACUUGAUCGCGUGGUCGCUUCCGCUGGUGUUGACGAUUACGAUAAUGGCGCUGAGUGAGAUUGAUGGAAACGGGACGGUUGGGAUUUGCUUCGUUGGGUACAUCAAUCAUCCGAUUCGGGGCGGAUUUUUGCUUGGUCCGGUCGUUUGUGUGCUCUUUAUCGGAGGGUACUUCUUGGGACGAGGGUUGCUGACGCUGAUCAAGUUGAAAAUAUCAAGCAAGGAAAUCAUCUCGGCCCGAGCUAGCAAGAAAAUUCGCCAGACGAUCGUCCGAAUGGGAAUCUGCACGAUGUUGACGUUUGUCUUCAUCGUUGCCACCGUGUUCUGCCACAUUCACGAGUUUCGGCAUGCCGAGAGUUGGGCGUUGUCCUUGAAGAACUACAUAAUCUGCCAGAUUUCAUCCACGUACACCGACGUAACGAGCACGUGCAAGCUGCAGAGCCGACCGAGCGUGGCCGUGCUGCAAAUCCAUCUCAUUUGUCUGUUUGCUUCCGGUAUCGUGAUGUCCUCGUGGGUGUGGACCAACUCAACCCUGGAGACGUGGGGUCGUUAUUUUCGGAGGCGCUUCAGACCAGAUGUCGAGGAACCCGUGAAGCUGCAGAAACAUAAGGUGAUUGCGCAGGCGUUUGCCAAGCGCAAGGAAUUCCAGAACCAGGGCCGCCUGUCCAUCUCCUUCCACAACUCGCACACGGAUCCGGUGGGUUUGAAAUUUGACAUCAACUCGGCGAUUGGAAGUCACGACUUUAGUUCGACCUGGGCGAACAAUUUGCCACGUUUUGUUAACCGGCGUUACGCGCUGACUGGAGCGGCCACCAGUUCGAGCCAUGACCCCAGGAAGAACUCGGUUGACUCGGAAAUUAGCUUCAGCGUGCGGCACGUGUCGGUAGAAUCUCGACGAAACUCGAUCGAUUCGCAGGUAUCGGUAAAGAUUGCCGAGAUGAAGACCAAAGUGGCAAGCCGCAGUCGGGCUGGAGUGAGUAGUAGCAAGCAUCAGCACAAGAGUCGGCACCAGCGAAGGCGGGAUUUCACGGCUUCCGGUCGAAGGUACAGCCGGAAGGAGAGUAGCACCUCGGUGGAAUCGCAGAUCAUUACGGCCAUCCAAAAGGGGAGACAUUCCUCCAGUGGAAACAGUCAAUUCUUUGGCGCUACCAACAUGCAACGUCGGACCGGAAUCGGUGGCAUGGACGCCGACCAGCUGAACGACUUCAUCUCCAACGGAAAGCUGCUACUUCCGUUCCUCCACCAGCCAGGGCUGACGACUUCGGAGGACGAUAACGCUUCCAACGCUUCGUUCAAGGUUCGCGAUUCCAAAUUUGAUGUUAUUCUCAAACAGAUCGGCGGGAACGCAAGUGGACCGUCCACCCGGAUCGAUACGGGCUGCCAAAUCGAAGAAUACCACUCGAGCGACGACGAAAAGCAAUGCCUCAGGCAACCCAGCAGGGAUGAAUUCGGCGGAGCGAAAGACGGCAUGAAGAGCAGCAAAGAGGGAGGUCGCAACAGCAAAAACAGCUCCAAAAGCGUGCGCAGUAAAAAAUCCUCCUCGCGGCAGGGAACGAUCCGCAAAUCCCAGCAGAAACACUCCCGAGCCAGCCAGAAAAGUUCCCGCAACGAAAAGAAGGAGAAAAAGGAAAAAGCUCGCGAGCGGGAACGGGAAAAGGAGCGCGAAAAGGAACUUGCCCUGAUCGAGCGCGGUCAAAUGAGCGACUUUAACGAUUCCUCGUUCACCUCCUUCUGCUCGGAACUGUCCCCGCUGAACGUCAACAGUUCGUACUCGGGAAUCUCGCUGGCGAAAACCAACUCGCGCAACUCCAAGCGCAGCUGCGACGUCGGCAUCCAAGCGAACGCGUACGAAAUCGCUACGCAAACGCUGUCCUCGUUUGAGUUUAGCGAAAAGGCCAUCAAGAACGAAGAAAACGAAGACAUUUACACCGAGAACCACCAGCUGCUGGGGCCGAAAGUGGCGCUUCCGCACGUGGUGGGCAGGAAGCGCGAAACGGUCGACGUCAGCUUGACCGAAGCGGAAAAGCUUAAGCUGCUGCUGCUUCCGUCGAAGUAGAUGCUUUACACUAACUAACGGAAAAUACUCGUCGUAAGCCUCAAGUUCAACAAGGAACGAUUUUUUAAACUCCUUUUUCUGUACACAAAUAAAAAAAUAUUGUUUAAGCUGUACAUUUUAAGCUAACCAGUUAGUUGCUAAACUAGCAACUACUUUACUACGUUAGUUGCAGCUUAUUUCCGAGAGUCGUUGCACGAUUUAUACAAAAGCAACGAUGCCUUGUAGUGGCUUAUUGAAGUAGUCAAAAGGCUCAUUUCGCACUGACCAGCAACGCACAGGAGCAA